CUACGUCACCAUACGUGCACUUAGUUCCACGUUACACCCAAACAUGUCUGGUUGGGUCAUCUUCGUCGCUUUGGUAGCUGUUAUAGGCUGCACAGCUGCUGUUGAAAACCGUGCGUGGAGCAACUGCGGGAACCGCAAUAUAGCAAACAAUGGCCAGGAUGAACUCAACGCGGUUGCUCGGAUAGUGGGAGGUCAAGAAGCCAAACGAAACUCCUGGGGUCAUCAGUGCAGUCUCAUGAUUUUUAGCAACCAUCAUUGUGGGGGCAGUCUGGUCCGAAAUUCAGCUGGUCGUUGGUUCUUUGUUACCGCGGCCCAUUGCACUUCCGGUAUUCACUCUGCCUUUUUCACGGCUCGCUGUGGAAGUCACACAACAUCUGGAGGGACGGUUAUCGAGUUCAGCACAAAGACUGAGCACGAGAAGUACAACGAUCAAAAUUUAGACUACGAUAUCGCAGUUUUCCAAGUCUCAACCUCACUUGAACAGACCGAUAAAAUCUGGCCCAUUUGUCUUCCUUCAAGAAACGCAAAUGAGGGCGAAAAGGGCAUUGUUACAGGAUGGGGCGCUAUUUAUCAAGAUGGACCUACUUCGACAGCACUUUUACAAGCCGUGGUACCUGUGAAGUCCAACACUCUUUGUAGCGAACGCUACUCAAAUUAUGAUAUCACCAAUCGCAUGCUCUGUGCUGGAUACACGGAUGGAAAGAAAGACGCCUGCCAGGCUGACAGCGGCGGUGGUUUGAACUUCCUCAGAAACAACAAAUGGGAACUCGGUGCGCAACAAAAGUCCUGUGGCGAUGGGCGAGUGGCGAAGCAGCAGGUGUGGAUACACUGGGAGCUGCAGUCACAGACCUGCACACAGGCGGCUCAGGGCGAUGGGUCACUCUCUACUGAACUGAAGCAGCAGUGGAGCUCGGCAGCCCCCUGGGUGUCUGAGCAGCCCUUUUUAGGAUUCGCUCUGCUCACCUCCUAG